CCUCUAAUACUACUUCUACUGCGGUCCGUGAUAGUCUUGCAAACCGUACCUGCAGAUUUGUAAUAUUUUUUUAUUAUAUUUCUUCUAGGAAAAAUUGUUUUCUAAUCAUUUGUAACCUGAAUUCUAGAAAAAAGUAAUAGUGAGCUUGAGCUUAAAAGUUUAACGUAGUGAUGUAACUUUGCCGUGCUAUGAAAUUAAAAAGUUAUUUUGUCAAAUUAUACGUCAGUCAGUCGUUCAAAAUGGCGGUGAAGGUGCAAUGCGGUGUUUCCGCGGAAACGAAAAUUAUGGAAUUAUAAUUUAAAUGCAAUCAAAUCCAAUAAAAAAAAUGAUAGACAGUGUGUUCUGGUAGUGCUCGUGUUCUAUAAUAAAUUAUCUUCAUCCUUGCAGUUCUACAAAAUUGUUUUGUUGGUGUUGUAACGUGAUGUUGCGGCGAGUUAACUUUUAUUCAAUAUGUUUCGCAUUUGGUAUCAGUGUUCUUCUAAUUUUUGUUGGAAGUCGAUAUGCAGAUAACACUUAUUAUCGUCCGUCCAUUGAAAGCCGGAGAAAUGUAAGAAACUUUUUGAAAGUUGGAGAUGAAGCUUACACGUUACUCAAUAUCCCCACAAUAUUAUAUGAUGGAUCGCCAGACAUCAAGAUAUUACUCGAGAAAACACGUUCCAAAAUCAAAUACGAGCUGUCUAAGUAUAAUUUUUCAGAAUUUGGUGCUCAAGCUUUGGAAAACUUAGUAUUAGAGUCCGGGGGACAGCCUUUACGCAGUCUAAUCAUAUCUACAUGGAGGUCUGGUACGACUUUUCUUGGACAGUUAUUGAAUGCUAUCCCCGGUACUUACUAUCACUAUGAACCACUACUUAAAUAUGGAAUUAUACAAAUAAGGGGGCCACCAGAUGGUGAUAAAGCUAUAGACAAUAUCAAGUCUAUGAUGAAAUGUGAUUAUGAAGGGUUAGACGAUUAUUUUAAUUUUGGGAAGAAACACUUGUAUCAAUUUAGCCAUAACACCAGACUAUGGGACCAUUGUAAACAUAAGAACGAACUGUGUUGUGAUGCUGACUUCACAUCACGGAUAUGUAAGCUGUUUCCGUUUCAAACCAUGAAGGUUGUAAGAAUGAGGCUGCGACUCAUCCAGGAUGUUUUAAAUGAUAAAGAGCUUAAUGUGAAGGUGAUACUAUUGAUCCGUGAUCCUCGAGGUGUGAUGCAGUCCAGACAACACCGUACCUUUUGCCAGACUUCUGCUGACUGUUGGGAUCCUCCACUACUUUGUGCCGAUAUGAUCAGCGACUAUGUGGCAGCUGCUCGCAUACAGAAGCACUUUCCUGACAGACUUAUGGUGUUGCGGUACGAAGAGCUAGCAUUGCAACCUAACGAAACAGCUUAUCGAAUUUUAAAGUUCCUAAAGAUUAGUGCCACGGGAUUGCUAGAUGAGUUUUUGGAUUUGCACACUAACGUUGAUGUUGCUGGAGUCAGCUCCACGUUUAGAGUAUCGAAGGAGGUGCCUUUCAAAUGGAAGAAUACUCUCAACUUUACUUAUGUGGAUGAUAUACAGAGGGCGUGCAAAGAAGCCUUGUCUCUAUGGGGCUACAAGAUGGCAAACAACGAAACUCAUAUGAAAAGCGAAGACUUCAUGCCCUUGGACAACUAUACGAUCUCACAGUGAACACAGAAAUAUCGCAGGAUAUAAAGAAAAUAUUUUUUUCCAUGUUAAAUAUGCAUACCCGUCCUUUUUGUUCAAAUGGCUCUAAUAAGGUAAAUAUUUUUACGAAAGUAUGACAAUAAUUGCAAAUCUAUUAACAGUCUGAACGUGUAGUCAGUAUAUAGAGGAUACAGAAACAGCAUUAACUAUACAAAAACAUGUUCAGUUCAUCAAUUUUACCAUGUCAAUUGGCCUUCUAAGUACCAUAUUAUAAUGUCAAUUACAUUUACGUCAAUUCGUACGUUAAUUAAAAAUAUAUAUUUUCAAUAAUAAGGGUAUGCAUGGAAAUAAAUAUUUUCGGUAUGUCCCAUUGAACAUGUUACUAUAAAAAUUGCAAUAAUUCGCAAGCAAAUCCACUUCGAAUUUGAAUAAAAUAUUAUACACACGUGUGGAGGAAAUUGGUUCAUAUCGU